AUGAUUGGCGCAUUGGCCAUAGGUCGAGCAGGGCAUCAGCAGGUGGGCAUCGUGCUGCUGGUGCUGGUCGUGUGGGUGGCCGCCAUCGCGCUCUUCUUCAACCGCUGGGGCAAGAUCCGCAUGCUGCUGCCCUACCAGCCUGACUACAAAGAGCAGCUCAAGGUGCCCGGGUCAGCUGCUACAAGCGGAGGUGUAUCGUGCACUGGCCAACACCAAGGGGGACAGGCCUGCCCACAGGUGAGUUCAAUAAGCCUCAAAUACAUGAGAUCAGAUUAGGGCUUUGAAAAUAAGGAUGUGGAUUAAAAUGGAAAUUAAUAAUUUAAGUAUGCCAUGAAUUAUUUAACAGUAAUAUUCUGGAUAAAAUCAAAGAUCCAAGAGAUUUCUGAAAUUUAAAAUUUUAUAAUUGAUUAGAUUUCAAUACGUCAAUUAUCACACAAACAAUAUACUGAAUCAAAUGGAUGAAAAGUCACAAGACAAUAAUUAAUAAGUCUCAGAAACAAGAGUAAUAAUGGUACAUAUUCUUAUUCAUUCUUUAAAUGUAUUUUUUUUCAAUUUUUUAAUGUUACACUUAAAAAUAUAAUUCAUACCCUAUGAAUGAGGAAAUAUGUUAAAAUAGCAUUUUUACAUACUAUACUAAUAAUAUGGC